GCGGCUUCCUUACCUCAUUUGUCGUCGCCCCUCCCCGUCCUUUUACGCGUUUUGGUUCCUGGUUGGUGCUUCCUGGUUGCAGCAGCGGCACAUCAGGUUACUGAUUUUCCAUGAUGUUUGGAGGCUACGAGACUAUAGAAGCAUAUGAAGAUGAUCUUUAUCGGGAAGAGUCAUCUAGUGAACUGAGUGUUGAUAGUGAGGUGGAAUUUCAACUCUACAGCCAAAUUCACUAUGCCCAAGAUCUUGGUAAUGUCAUCAGGGAGGAAGAACAUGAAGAAAAGAACUCUGGAAUUUCUAAAUCAUUGACUAGUAAACCAAGUCAGAAGAACUUAAUUGUCCUUUCAGAUAGUGAGGUUAUCCAGCUGUCUGAUGGGUCAGAGGUUAUCACUUUGUCUGAUGAAGAUAGUAUUUAUAGAUGUGCAAGAAAGAAUAUUAGAGACCAAGCACAGGAAAAGACCCGAAGUCCUCCUGCUUCCCUUCUUUGUAAUGAGUUGGCUGAUAAGAAGUGCAAGAGGGAUAUUGAGACGCCUAAACCUGAAGAGAGAACAGGUGUGAUCCGAGAGGUCAUGAUUAUAGAGGUCAGUUCAGGUGAAGAAGAAAGCACCGUUUCAGAAAGUGAUAAUGUGGAAAGCUGGAUGCUCCUGGGAUGUGAAGCAGAUGAUAGAGAUGAUGGCAUCCUUCUGAACCUUGUGGGAUGUGAAAACUCUGUUACUGAAGGAGAAGAUGGUGUAAACUGGUUCAUCAAUGAUAAAGACAUUGAGGCUCAGAUAGGUAAUAACAGAUCAUCUGGAAAAUGGACCCGCCGAUACUAUUCAGUCAACAAAAACGUUACCUGUAGAAAUUGUGACAGAUGUGGCCAUUUGUCAAAAAACUGCCCCUUACCACAAAAAGUUCGCCCUUGCUGCCUUUGCUCCGAGAGAGGACACCUCCAGUAUUCCUGUCCAGCUAGCUUUUGCUUGGACUGUUUUUUGCCUGUGUCUUCUAAUCACAGAUGUCUUGCAAGAUUUUUCUGGAGAAAACGAUGUGACCGAUGUGGUAUGAUAGGCCACUGUGCUGACGCAUGCCCAGAAAUCUGGAGGCAGUAUCACCUAACAACCAAACCUGGACCACCCAAAAAGCCGAAGACCCCAUCUGGACAAUCAGCCUUAGUAUAUUGCUACAACUGCGCACAGAAAGGCCAUUAUGGACAUGAAUGUACAGAAGAACGAAUGUUUCACGAGCCAUUUCCAACAUCUCCAUUCAUCUACUACUAUGAUGACAAAUACGAAAUUCAGGAGAGAGAACAGAGAAUAAAACGAAAAGUAAAAGAACUCCAAAAAAAUGGGAAUUUUCCAAGGCAAUUCAAGAGAUCUCAAAUGGAAGCAGAAGGUAAGAGGCCCCACCAUGAUGUAAAGAAGAGCCAUGCCUCGUGGAAAAGCAACAGGUGGCCUCAAGAAAAUAGAGAAUCCCAGAAAGACAUGGUGAACAGGAAUAGAGAACGUGAGAAGCAGAGGAAGGCCAACAGGCAUCGUGAAGUGGAUGAGGACUUUCCCAGGGGCUCAAAAUCUCACUCUUCUUCCAGCAGUUUUAAAACCCUGAAGCCUCACAAGUCUUUUCACCAUUCCUCACACUACCACAAGCCAAGAGAAGACAAGCUUCCCAAAGAGAGCAAGCGGGGCAAGCAGAAGAAAAAGGAGAAAUACUUGGAAGAUGAUAGCAAUGACAACUUAUUUCUUAUUAAGCAGAGGAAAAAGAAGUCUAAGCUGUAAGACAGCUUCUGAUUUGGCUUUCCAUUGUUCAUUUGGUCUUCAUGUCUAUAACAUUCUGGCAAUAUUUUAUUAUCUAUGAUUAAAUAAUGUGAGGUUUUUGUUUUGGUUUGUUUCAGCCAUACCUAGAGUUACUGAACAAAGACCAUGGAGAUGUCAGUUCUCUAUGUCCAACAGGUUAUUAGGUAAGAAAGCAGAAAGAUAGAUUUGGACUUCUCCCAUUUUAAUGUCAUUUUUACUCAGAAUCCUAGGGAUAGAAAGGAUUAGUUUUUUCAGGAAAACUUUUAAAAAAUCUUUGGGAAAAAAAAUACAAGUUCAUCAAAUGUAAUUCACCUGCAAUGCGAGUGUGAAAAUUAAAUCCUUACAGAAAGAGAAAUUAACACUAAAAAGAAAUAUUCAUCAAUUUUUUUUUAGCAUUGCUCUUUUUUGAAAAUUGGAAAGGAAAAUAUUUAUAAAUCUUAACCCAGCUUUUCUUGCUUCUGAAGUUGUUGUUAGAGUCUUCCUUUGGACAGAACGUCACAGGCUGACUGUAAAACUGAAGGUAUCAUCAUUGAAGCCCUGAAGAGCCAGGGAAUUGGUAAAAUAUAGAUAAGGAGUCCACUCAGGAUAAAUGUCACAAGACAGAUUUCCUGAAACAAGUGAAAAAGAGUCAUCAAGAAUUUUAACAUAAUCACAGUGAAAUAGUUUUUACCAUUUUUAUAGCCACUUUCAAGAAGAAUGUCACUCAGAUAUAUAAAGAUGAUUGAUACCCAACUUAAAAAAUUGUUUUGUUUCUGUGGAUUUUUUAACCACCAAAAGCUACACAAAAUUUUUUGUACU